AUGGCACAUCCUGUUGCCAGAGCCUCGAGCAAGGGUCUCAAGUUAUCGUUACCCCUAACUCCCUCAGGUCGAACCCUCCAGAUCUGCCCUCAAUGCGCGCAUCGUUCACCCUCAGUCUACGCCCGUCAGUUCACCACCACUCGACGCAGAAAUGCAGCCGCCGGAGUCGCCCAUAGCAUUCCCAACAUAGACUCCAAGCUCCCGAAACAUGUGUCGAUGAAAAGUCAGAUGAAAAAGGCCAACAGGCAACAGAUAGGUACUGAUUUGGGAAAACUACCCCAGACCUUCAUCCUACCUGCCACCAGGGACCUGCCAGGUUGGAUGAGCCCAGCAUUCAUCAAGAGAACGAGGAUACAUUGGCUACAAUUCAAGACUGCUGUCAAAGAUUGGUGGAGUUUGGUGGUUUUCCUCAAAUGGGAUGUCAAACGGGACCCUCUCACGGGAAAAAAGCUGAGAAAGCCAUUGGAACUUUCCCAGAGAAAUCAAAUUGCGCGGGGCCUGCACAGGGAAUUUCAUGAGGCUUUGGGGGAAGGAGACAUGAAAAGGCUACAGGUCAUUUGCUGCGAGGGUCUGAUGGCGCAGGCGAGAAUGCGAAUUGAACAACGAAAGGCCAUGGGCCGCUCGAAAGAACCUUGGUCGCUCUUGAGUUACUCGGGCAUUCGAUAUCCUGUUUGGCUUGAGAGGUGGCCCCUUGCGGUAUUUCUGCCCCGGGCAAGCACCAGGGUUGUCUCGGAUCGGCUCGCCCCUUUGCCAUUCCCAGAUACAUUUCUCCGACAGUGCAUCGUGCGCAUCAGCAGCAUUCAGAACUAUCGGCUCGCCGACAGUGACAAGGAUACCGUGCUAAAGCAUGUUGAUUACGUGGUGAUACAAAAGAUGACUGCCAUGGGUGAAGAAGGCCCUUGGAAGCUAUGGGGUCUUACGGAGCCGUCCACAAUAAAGGAGAUCGAUAGCUUGCUGGAGGGCAAAGGGCAGGAAUCGGGGACUACCCUUGCCGAGAGGAUACGGGACAAAAUAUCCGGCAUCGUGGGUACCUAG